UCCAAACAUGUACAACAUCUGAUGCAAAGCAUACAAGUUAACAAGCACCAUACCUCCACGUCAUUCAUUCCAUGCAUUGCAGGGUAGAGAUAAUCCAUUCCUAACGAACGAAUAUUUCUCAUGCAUCACAAAAUAAUUUCCAAAAACAAUCUAAUUAAUUUAAAACGGCAUGAAAAAUCACAAAUCAUAUUAUUGGGGGAAGAGGAAGAGGAAGACAACCGUUUCCUUUGAUCUUUACGCCCCCAAUCGCAAAAUUCAUUCAGCAUCAUCAUGAAUUGAUUUGUUCUUUCAUUAUCAUCUUUGAUUCAACAAAAUUAACAAUGAUCACGAAAUGUGAAAGGAACGAAUCCGUUGAACCACUUGUUCCGCCCGUUAAUUUUGCUGAUGUUGAAGAUGGUGUUUACAGAUCUGGUUUCCCACAACCUUCUAAUUUCGCCUUUCUUCAGACCCUGCACCUUAGAUCUAUCAUAUAUUUGUGUCCCGAACCCUAUCCGAAGGAGAAUUUGGAAUUUUUAGAAGCUCAUAAUAUUCGCCUUUUUCAAUUUGCGAUUGCUGGCACAAAGGAGCUUUCUGUAGAUGUUUUAAGGGAUAUUAUAACCGAGACCUUGAAACUUUUGAUUGAUGUAAGAAUCCAUCCGGUUCUAAUACAUUGCAAACAAGGAAAGCAUCGCACGGGUUGUGUUGUGGGGUCGUUAAGGAAGUUACAAAAUUGGUGUUUAUCAUCGGUGUUGGAAGAAUACAAGCUUUAUGCGGGCGUAAAAUCAAGGGACACGGACUUAAAAUUCUUGGAAACAUAUGAUGUGUCAUACCUACAACAAAGCCUUCAAACAAUAAUCUAUCAGUAUCAAGGAUACAGUUCCAUAAAACAAAGAAGAUUGCUAUAGGAAGAAGAUGUGUCAUACGACCUUAGAUAACUUACGUUUAGAUCCAUCUUCUUUCAAUUUGGUUAGAUUAUGAUGAUGAUGAUGAUGUUUAGUGAUAAGUUUGUAUGUCAUCCAACCAUUGAUUUAAGUUGUUUUAAAUGAUUGAAUCAUCUUGAGGGUAAUUGUGUGGUGAAAACAAAGGGUGUGUACCCUUCA